AAAAAAUUGCAACCAAAACAAAAUCAGAAUCCUGCGGUGCUCUCUCCGGAUUUCACGUUGAUAAAAAUGUCCACUCCUCGACCUGCCACAACGGCCACCACCACCACCGCCAAACCAGAAAUCAAGGCGGUCAAAACAAAGAUCAAAAUGAAGAAAGCCGACAUCCGCCAGUGCCGGCUCUGUCUGCGAGUUCUCCCCCGCGCCGACGUCCGGGAAACCCGCGGCAACAAUUCCGUCGACCUGUCGCGGAAAAUCGAAACUGCCGUCUCGAUCCGGAUCCUCAAGAACGACAAACUGACCACGGUUUGCGUCAACUGCCUGCGGCUGGUGGACAUUUCCUACAACUUCCGGAUGGCGUGCAUGAAGACCAACAUCAUCUACUCGGGGAAGUUGGUCAUGCUGCACGAGGGAACCUGGCUGGAGGAGGACAAGAAGGAGCUGCUGGACGAUUGCCAGGAUCUGGUGCGACUGCACCGGCUCGAGAUGGACAAACUGUUCAAGUGUUCCGGGUAUGAAUCGGGAAAUGUGGAAAUUUUCACUUCCGUCGACGAGGAACCCGUUCCGGAGGUCAAGGAAGACCCGGUGGAGCAACCCGCGGCGGACGAAAUCAACGACAGCGAACCGGAAGCGACCGACGAGUGGAACAAAAUGAUCGAAAGCGCUCCCGCCAAACGGGUCAAGCAGGACAACGGCACCAUCCCGAUUCAUCGGUACAUCUGCGAGAUCUGCGGCCAGGUCGUGGACAAACACAACGAGGAGUUCCACCGCAACGAGCACCUCAACAUCACGCCCUACCAGUGCGCAAACUGUCCGGUGGCCUUCCACUCCAAGUACGCCCUGCAUCGGCACAAGGUGAAGCUACACGACCGGGAGAUCUUCACCAAAGAGUGCGACAUUUGCCACAAAACGAUUCGCGGCAAAGGCGGCUUCAAUCGCCACAUGGCUCGGCACAACGAUCCCACGGUGGACACGGCAUCGUGCGACGUUUGCGGCAAGCGGUACCGGAAGAGCUACAUGAAGGACCACAUGAACACGCACACGGGCAAUAUGGCGCACGCGUGCCGGAUCUGCGGCCGGACGUUUGCCGCCAAGACGAACCUCUUCACGCACAUGAAAAAGUACCACAAGCUGAAGCUGAAGGCCGAGUUCACCGAUUGCGGGUACGAUCUGAACGAGUCGAAUUAAAGCGUUUGUUUAAACUUGGAA